UUUUAACCAUUUCAGGAAACCCUGCCAAAUGUCAAUGAGCUCUCAGGAUUCAACCCAAGGGCUUUCCAAUUGAGUUAGCACUAAGGAUUGAAACCAAGGACUGACUGACGACAUCCAAGGGCAGUUUAAGCAUUAAAACACAGAAAACCCUUUUGAAGCUCAUGUAAAGCACAAAUCAUGAGCUCUGACAGUUUCCAGUACCGUGCACUGUUUGAGUACAAACAGGAGCGGGGUGAUGAUAUCUCCCUGCAGCCUGGGGAUCUCCUCACAGUCAGCAAAAUAACUUUGCUGUCACCCGAUUACCAAGAGGGUGAGGAAAAGUGCCCAAAGGGCUGGCUGCAUGGCACCAAUGAACGCACUAAAGAGAAGGGCAACUUCCCUGGCACCUUUGUGGAGUAUGUUGGGGUCGUGAGGGCAGGCCUUUCCUCAGGGAAGCCCUGGCCGAGACCUGUACCCCCAACGCCUGUGGGGCCCCAGCCCCCAGGGGCCUCUGCAUCAGAAGGCUCCUGUGGAAAGGGAGAUGUUGUGGAGCAGUGUGCUCUGCCUGACCAGGCCCCAGCAGUAGUUCUCAGGCUGACGGAGACUCUGGAGAGACAGGGCUGGGAGAAUGAACCUCUGUAUCGAAACGCCCAGGCCUCCACUGGACCCCCAGAAUUAUAUCAGGCAUUGGAAACAGACCCAGCAGCAGUGGACUUUGAGAAAUAUGAAUUGUCCAUUUUGGCUGAUACUCUUAGGGGUUACCUGCAGGAUUUGCCCUGCCCACUCAUCCCAGCUAUAGUGUACAGUGAGCUGGUGUACACUGCUCAGGAAACUCAAAGCAUGGAGGAGUGUGGAGAGCAGCUGAGAAGAAUCCUUGACUCCCCCAGUGUCCCUCAGGCUAACCACCAGCUUCUGGUUCAUGUGACCCAACACCUAAGCAAGGUGGCCCAGAGUGGGGGAGCAGCUCAGGCAAGCCCCAGACUUCUGGCUCUGGCCUACAGUGAGGCCAUCUUCAAAAACAACCACUUUAGUGCGGACGUGAACCCAGAACACCAUGUGAAAAUCCUUGAGGCACUUAUCUUGGUUGGAGGCCUAGUGGAGAUACAGGCUGCCCCAGAACUGAUUUCAAGCAUUUGGGCAUGCGCCUUCGGAUCGGGAGAUUUUUGGGAUCAUAAGAGACAUUUCAGUCAAGUGUUUCGGGACUUUCGGGGCCUUUGA